AUGAAGACACGAUUCAGUACGAUCGACGUCGUGGCCAUCGUUCACGACCUGAAGAAAUACAUCGGUUACCGCGUGGCAAACGUGUACGAUUUAAAUUCAAAGUCGUAUCUUUUAAAACUGGUUAAGUAAGU